UUCAAAACUGUUACAAAGUUCCACAAUGGACAACCAUGGCAUGGAGGUGAUAUAUUCACUAGUACUGGUCACCCUGUUUCUACCAUAUUCUUCUCCAGCCUAUGUGGGAUGCUACAAAGAUCUGGAGAAUCACCGUGUUUUUCCUCACGAGAAACCGUCUUCCACUGAUAUGAACGUUGAGAUGUGUAUUAAGGAAUGCUCUGGAAAUCGAUAUGCUGGCGUUGAGAAUGGUGACGAGUGUUGGUGCGGGGCAUCAGUGGACGAUGACACGAAGGUGGCGGAGGACCACUGCAGGAUGCAAUGUUCGGGCGACCAUGGUCAGAUAUGCGGCGAUGCCUGGUAUAUAUCGGUGUAUACAACAGCUUCAGAUUUCUCCAACGUUGUAACCAAAGGCUACAUAUCUCCUGCCAGUGGUCUUCACAUGGUGUCGGGUCUGGCUGCAAGCAGGGCACAUCCUGGCUACCUGUAUGCCAUCAAUGACAAUGCCGGGGCAGACAAGAUCUACAUGGUUCAUGAUGACACAGCUAAAGUAGCAGGUGUGCUUACUGUCCAGCACAGUCAUGAGUUCGACUGGGAGGACAUUGCUGUCGGUGACUGUCCACGUGGUUCUGGCACAUGUAUCUUCGUGGCAGAUACGGGAUCCCAGCAUCACAACCAGGCCACGGUGUACGCUAUCAAGGAGCCUUCAGCAACACACACCCAGAAUGUUCAAGUCGCAGCUACCUAUGGUUACAAGUGGAGUGAGGGUUCGUCUGAGGCAAUGGUGGUAGAUUCAUCAGGAGAUGUGUACAUGUUCUCAGAAAACAGUGGAAAACCUGCUCACAUGGCAAAACUCCCCUCACAGAACUGGAACAAUGGGAAGGUCAAUACCAUUUACUCAACGCUGACUCUUCCAUUCACGUCGUCCAAUUCUGGUCCACUUGCAGCAGACAUCUCCCCAAGUGGCACAGACCUGCUGAUAAAGACGCUGAAUCACAUCUAUUACUGGAGCAUGCCUGAUAGGUCGGUCACUAAUGCCCUUCAACAUUCUGGCAUUGGCGUGCCUGAUGUGUAUGAAAAUCGCGGAGAGUCCAUAGCCUGGAAAUGGAAUGGUUCUGGGUAUUACACAGUUGCUCAAGACUCCCACCAGGCGCUUCACUUUUACCAGCGCAAGGCACCCAUUCCAUCUACUCAACCACGUCACACCACACCAAAGCCAACUCAUCACACAACACCAACUAAGCCAACAUCUCCUCACUCGGUUACACCGUUUCCAGAUACUGGUUACUACAAUGAGUUCGUGGAGAUUGGUCACGUCGAUUCCUCAAAGGGUCUGCAGAUGACGUCAGGUCUGGCAGCCAGCCGCAAGCAUCCAGGGUACCUGUACGCCAUCAAUGACAACAGCCACUCAACCAGUAUAUACAUUGUGGACGAAUGGACAGCGUCCGUGGUUGCUACACUGCAUGUAAUGUCCGCAUCAGCUUCUGAUUGGGAGGACAUUGCAGUAGGCCCUUGUCCUGGGUAUGAGACAUGUAUUUACAUCGCAGACACUGGAUCUGGCGGUCACCCAGCCAAGAACACCGUGUACAAGAUCAAGGAACCCAAACAGAUAAAGACACAGAAUGUUCACCUAGAAAAAUCUUUGCAUUUCACUUGGAGUGAAGGAUCGUCAGAGGCACUGAUGGUGGACAAAAAUGGUGAUGUCUACAUUUUGUCUGAAGCCACAGGAUCAGGAAGCAAACUGGCAAAACUGCCCAGCAAUGGAUGGGGCCAGAGCCAUCCAGUGACCUUAUCUCAUUUACUGACCUUGCCUCUUCACACACGCACACUGGGUCCCGUUGCUGCCGACAUCUCACCUAAUGGGCAAGACCUGUUGAUCAAGACGGUGAACCACGUGUACCAUUGGCACAUGCCUGACGGGGAUGCGGAGAAGGCUCUUCAGCAUCCAGGGGAGCAGGUGGCAUAUCAUUCUGAAGGUCGAGGGGAAGCUGUUGCUUGGAACACAGAUGGGAACGGGUACUUCACGUUUGGGCAAACAGGAAAUGACAUCCUGUACCUCUUCCGCCAUCGAGCUGAUCCAGUUUGCAACUGGUGCCACUGAAACAACCCGACCUUUCACAAGUCGACACUGAGAUGGAAAUGAAAUCUCAUGAUUAAAGAUAUGCCCAGA